AUGAGAUUUUCAUUUUCGAAAUAUGUUAUUUUAUUGCUCAUAUUAGUCACAAUUUGCGUGGCAAAACGUGGUGGAAGAGGGAAGAGUUCAGCAAGAAUAUCUUCAUCAAAUAUCGGAAGUCAUCGAACUCGUUCAAAACCUUAUUAUACUAGGAAGUGAGCUAUUGGGUUUUAUGGGAUUUUUGGAAAAAGGGAAAAGGUGGAAAGCGGGGAAAGAUUGUUUGAAAUUAAGAAAAAAAUCAAAACUUUUCUUUAAAAUUUAUCUUUCCAAAUUUAGAUCAACUAAAAAAUGUGGUCCAAAAGAUUCAACUAAAAGCUGAAAAGUUCAAAUGUUCUGAAAAAUCAUCGAAGCUCAAUUGAAUAAAUUCAAUUUUUAUUUUAAAAAUUUUUUAACCCGAGUUUCAACCUGAUUUUCAGAUAUUCAAAAACUGGUUCGAUUGAACAUACUUCCAAUUUCCGAUCUUUUGUAUUUGGCGCAACUUCGGGAUAUUUAAUGUAUAGCGGAGGAAGGCAUAUUAUUCAAGAUGCUUCACAACCAAUUCUGUGAGUUCUUUUUUUUUAUAGUUUUUCUAGGCUUAGCCCUGGGAGAUCAAGUGAAAAUUACUUUCAGAAUCUAAUUCAUCUUUUCAACAAGAUAAUUUGUUUCAGAUAUGAAAAUAGAACAUAUUAUUGGGGAGAGACAAAAUAUGUGCCGAAUGAAAAUUUGCCAGUUCAAUGCGUCAAUAAAAUUGAUCCACAAGAUCCACAAUUUGGAAAGGUUCGUGGUUUAAACUAUUAUUUCAAACCUGAACUUCAUACGUGGAUUUUUUGAAUAUCAUUUCUAACUUCAAAAUUUCCAGGUCUACUUCGAAAAUGAAUCUUCAAAACCUCAAGAAAUAAUGUAUGGUUGUCCAUCUGGUUAUAACUGUUGUGGUUAUGAUUGUUGUCCAGAAUCCACAUUUUUCACAUCAAUUUUGUAAGUCUUCUUUAUAUUUUUUGACGUGAAAAAAUAAGUUCUUGAUUCUUUUUUUUCCUAAAAAUUAUUUCUCUUCAAAAAAAAUCCCUCAUUUUUUUCAGCAGUCUCCUAAUUCUCCUACUUGUUCUCUCAGUUCUCGGAAUUUUCGUCAUCGAAUGCAUUCGUUGGUGUCUACAUUGUACAUAUUUUUGCAAACACGGUAGAUCAAGAGAUUUCGAACCGCUCAGCAUCUGA